AACCACGCCCAUACAAUGGCUGCCCACGUGAUGUCCAUACGUCGAGGUGCUUGGUCCUUUUUACAGAGAAUAAGAGCCAGUUCUUUCAAUGUUAGAGCUUCUACUAGUUUAGUAGCGACUCCAUCAGCUUCUAUUCACAAUUUACCAUUAACGAGAAGAUGCAGUACUUCUACUACUGUUACUGUAGCUACUACUAUGGAUGAGGCUGGGGAUGAGGCAUCUUGUAGUGGGUGUGGCUCCAUUUUUCACUCAUCUGUGCCACAAACUCAAGGCUAUCUUCCACCAAACAAGAUGGCGUCAUUGUUGGAGUCAGAUGCCCCGUCUGACAAACCUGUAAUAUGUCAGCGAUGCUUUUACCUGAGGCACUACAACAAUCCACUUCACGUCACCCUCCCCCCUGACGAUUAUUUAAAAAGUUUGUCUCAUCUCAAAGACGAAAAGUGUCUGGUUUUAGUCAUCAUUGACGGAAUCGAUUUCCCUUCAAGUUUGUUCCCAUCCCUUCGCACGUUACUCAAUCCUCAAUUCUCAAAAGUUUAUCUUGUAAUUAACAAGAUUGAUGUGUUGCCUCUGAUGGAUGAAAGCAUGAAAAUCAGAUUUGAAAGUUAUAUUAAAACUGAAGCAGAAAAGAGUAUUGAUCCUGCGACAGUAAUUGGCAUACAUUAUGUCAGUGCUAAAACUGGACAAGGGGUAGGAUUUUUGACAGAUUCUAUAACAACAGAAUGGGGCAAUCGCGGCAAUGUCUACCUGCUUGGUUGCACUAAUGUCGGAAAAUCGUCACUUUUCAAACUUUUGUUGCAAUCUUUGUGUGGCGUUCAACCUGGUCAGCUAAAGACAGUCAAUGAGAUAUCUGCUCCAUCUCCUACUAUAUCGCACUGGCCAGGUACAACCAUUGGAUUGAUUAAGUUUCCAAUGCUUUCUGUUGGUAAGAGGAAGAGACUGUCAUUCCAGGCACAUAAGAAAGGUAUAACAGUCAAAGAGCUAAUAGUGGAUCAGUAUGCAGCUGAUGAUGAUGAUGAUGAUGAUCAAUUUGCUGAAGUAGUUAGUAGCAAAAGAGUUUAUAGAUCGCAUAACAAUAAUUCUGAAGUGGAAGAAGUUUUGAAGGACAUAGGAAUCAAUAGGAAGAAGAAGAAGAAGGAGGAGGAGGAUAAGAAUGAAGAAAAAGGAUUGACUUUGCCUGAGAAUAGACAUUGGCUGCAUGACACACCUGGUGCUGUGAAUGACAUUCAAGCUACUAAUCAUUUGACAACAAAUGAGUUAAGACUAAUGUUACCAAAGAAGAGGCUGUCCCCACGUACCAUUAUAUUGAAAGAAGGACAGUCGGUAUUCCUUGGAGGAUUAGCAAGAUUAGACUACAUUCAAGGAAAGACAUCUGCUUAUUUCACAAUCUUCACUUCAUCCUACCUUCCUAUUCAUACUAGAAGAACAAGAGAUGCCGAUGAAAUGUAUAAAAGACAUUUAGGACAACCACUACUAAAAGUGCCUGUGGGUGAUGCUGAAAGAAUUGAUGCAUUCCCACCAUUGGAGCCAGAGGAGCUUAUUAUAACUGGGAGGGGUUUUAGCAGCAGUGUCUGUGAUAUAAUAUUGUCCAGUGUUGGUUGGGUAUGUGUCACGGCUGGGUUGGAACACGAGAUCAAGAUAUUGGCCUAUACUCCUAAUGGAAAGGGGAUUUUCAUGAGGUCUCCGUCACUGUUUCCUACAGCAGUGACUGAGAGGGGGAAGAGAUCAAAGAAAGGGAACAAGACAUACUUUAAAGGGAAGAAGAAAUAAAAUUUAUUAUUGAUUUUUUUGUUGUAAGUAAAGUACCAUAUGUGACCUAAUAGUCAGGAUUGUAUGGCUACCGUUUAUGUUCUAUUAAUCUGAAUUUAUUUGUAUAAAA